UGAUGCUAACGUUGCUGCUGCUCCUUUCUCCACCUAAAAAAAAAGAUAACAUCCACAAGACUGACUGACAGUGCGGCUGCAGCGUCCGCAUGACGUCAUCUGCCGUCGUCUUGGUGGAGACCGGGUCCAGCUGAAGUCAGCAUCAUCAGCAUCAUCAUCACCCCCGCCGCCAUGGAGGUGAACCGGGAUGAGGCUGAACGCUGCAUUGACAUCGCCGCCGCGGCGCUGAGCAGCGAGCAACCCGAGAAGGCGAGGAGGUUCCUGGAGAAGGCCCAGAGACUCUUCCCUACCGAGAAGGCGCGGGUGCUGCUGGAGCUCAUCUCCAAGAAUGGAUUCACUCCCAGACAAGGCGCACACUUGAAUGGAGACUCAGGACCGAGACAACGAACAACACAAAGUCAGGACACCAGAAGACCUGAAGAGAAAACCUCAGAUACCUCAAAGUCCUACACCGCAGACCAGGUGGAUGCUGUGAGAAGGAUCAAACAGUGCAAAGAUUUCUACGAGAUCCUCGGCGUCACCAAAGACGCUUCUGAGGACGAGCUGAAAAGAUGUUACAGAAAACUGGCGUUGAAAUUCCACCCGGAUAAAAACCACGCUCCCGGUGCCACGGAUGCGUUCAAAGCCAUCGGGAACGCGUACGGCGUGCUGAGUAACGACAACAAAAGACGACAGUACGACGAGUGCGGCGAGGAGAGGAGGCAUCCUUCCAGACACGGGCCGGACCAUGGCAACUUUGACGCUGACAUUUCGCCUGAGGACCUCUUCAACAUGUUCUUCGGAGGGGGUUUUCCUGCAAGUAGUCAACACACAAACGGGAGGAUGAGACACCAGAGGCCGCAAAGAAGGGAAAGGCAAAGAGAUGGCGGCCUGGCUCUCUUCGUGCAGGUGAUACCCAUCCUCGUCCUGGUCAUCGUGUCGGCCCUCAGCCAAAUAAUGGUCAACAGCCCCUCCUACAGCCUCAGCUUUCGCCCAUCAGCGGGCUACACGCAGAAGAGGCUGACGGAGAACCUCAAGGUGCCGUACUAUGUCGGCGAGCAGUUCCCCAAAGAGGUCAGCAGCGGGAAUUUGAAGCGCCUGGAGCAGACGGUGGAGGACGAUUACAUUUCCAACCUGCGCAACAACUGCUGGAAAGAGAAACAGCAAAAGGAAGGCAUGCUUUACCGGGCUCGCUAUUUCGGCGACACCGACCUGUACCAGAGGGCGCAGCGGGCCAGGACGCCGAGCUGUGCCAAGCUGUCCGAGAUCACCGCGUCCUACCAGGGCUGAGGCGUCGUCCUGUGCGUGCAGCGUCGACACACCCGGGCGCUCAAGUUCUGAUCUUACCUUUUUGUCCUGUCCUCUGUCCUGAGAAGAGCUGGCUGUAAAUACUCGAGCUUUAAUGGAAGCGCCGGAACACGCAACAAGCGCGACGGAGGGUGAGGAUUUCGGUGGACCUGACUUGCACCUUCUAACCCGUUGAAACUAUGCAGUAAUGUUGUCCUUGACCUCAUUGUAACACCGCAGUUUCCUUUUAUUCCGUUAAAAAUCUAUAUUUUAGCCGCUUAAAGCAGGGGUGUCCAACCCAGUGUCGGACGAGCUAGCUAUAAUAAUAAUAAUAAUAAUAGAUUUUAUUUGUAAAAAGCACUUUACAUUGAGUAAACAACCUCAAAGUGCUACAGUGUAUUAAAAAAAAUAAAAAGAUAAUAAAAAAUAAAUAAAAACAAAAACUAGAACAGCUAAAACUAGUGUGCAUAUAUCUAAAAAAAAAAGGCUUUUUUAAAAAAAAGAAGGGUUUUUAAGCCUUUUUUAAAAGUAUCCACAGUCUGUGGUUCCCUCAGGUGGUCAGGGAGAGCAUUCCACAGACUAGGAGCGGUCUCCCAUUCCCUAUGCUAAGCAUUAGCAUACAUUUCAAAUAAAAGUGCAAUAUUAUACUGGUUGUUUUUUUAAAUCUGUCUCAGGCGUGCCUCAAUAGUGUUUUGUCCAAAAUCUGGCCUUGAUGGUGAAACUGGAACAGUUUAAAAAGCCCCACUGGGAACAUGCUAACAUGCUUAAAUGUUUCCAGCUAACGCUGUUUGUCCAUUUUUGACAUACACACUGUAACUCCGCACGUCCAUCCAUCCAUCCAUCCAUUUUCUACCACUUUGUCCCUUUGGAGGUCACGUGUUCAUCGUGAUAUGUCACAUACAACAACGUGAAAUAAAGGAACGGAACAGGGGUACGCAAGCGUUAGCGACACUAGCAAAGCUAUGUUAGCAUUUUUAGCCUUAACUCGUCGCAUUGCGACUGACACUAAAUGUUAUUUUUUUCCAGUCGUUUUGGUUUGAAGUUCAAAGUUUGUCACUCCGUAAUUUUUGUAAUUUAAUUUCAAAGUUUGUUUUUUUGUUUUUUUAGAUUUAAGUUCAAAGUUUGUAAUUUUGU